AUGCACCUAUCUUUGUUACCUUUAAACCCUACUGCUGAAGAACUUUACAAGAACCACACCACCUUUCAUGAUGGUGAUUCGGGACUGGACCUUUUUAUUAUUGAAGACCAGGUAAUUAAAGCAGGAGAAACUGCGUACAUUAAACUUGGAUUUAAGGCUGCAGCACAUAAUGAAGACGGAAAACCAGUUAGUUACCUUUUAUUUUCAAGAUCCUCCAUUUCAAAGUCGCCAAUCAGGCUUUGUAACUCUAUUGGAUUAAUUGAUGCAGGAUAUAGAGGAGAACUUAUUGCACCAGUUGACAACAUUAAGGACUUUGACUUCCAAGUUAAAAGGGGUGAGAGAUACUUCCAAAUUGUUUCUUUCAAUGGUGAGAAAAUUAAUUUUAGUAUUGUUAAUGAAUUGGAUGAGACUAGUAGAGGAGAAAGAGGCUUUGGAUCUACUAACGAAUUAGAUUCAGUCAAAGGAGUCCUUCGCAAAAUUGCCAAAGUUGAUACAGAAAGCGUCGAGAAUUUAGGUGAGAAUAUUCGGCAAUAA